UAUUAGGCAGAAGAAUGUGUGGGCGGUGCUGUAGGGAUCAUCAGUGAGUGCUGCACAACUGUCGCACCGGAGCACUAGAAGAGCCGGCUAGGGAAAGCAGACUGGCGGAAGCAGAAGUCGGGCAAGCGUGGGGUUGGUUGAGGCCUACGACUGUAAACACUAGAGAUGGGGGAGAGCAGCCCAGAGAAGGCAAAUUCAGAGUCUCUGAGAGAGGAAGGUAACAAACAUUUUAAAGCUGGGGACUAUGAGGCAGCGCUGUCCUGCUACACAAAAGCAAUCAGUCUCACAAGUGACAAAGCAGAUAAGGCCAUUAUACACCGAAAUCGUUCUGCUUGCUACCUCAAACUGGAUGACUUCACAAAAGCUGAAGAAGAUGCAUCAAAGGCUAUUGAGGUGGAUGGAGGUGAUGUGAAAGCACUAUUCAGGCGCAGCCAGGCCUUGGAGAAACUUGGCCGAGUAGACCAGGCAAUAAUCGAUCUUCGGAGAUGCCUUGCUCUAGAGCCUAAAAAUAAAGUAUUUCAAGAGGCUGUGAGAAACCUUGGGAUUCAUGCUCAGGAAAAAGUCCGAAUCUUGUCUUCUACAGACUCGCGAGUAGACCAGAUGUUUCAGAUCUUGCUUGACCCAGAGGAAAAGGAUGCAGACAAAAAACAAAAGGCAGCACAGAAUUUGAUUGUACUUGCUCGAGAAGAUGCAGGAGCAGAGAAAAUUUUUCAGAGUGAUGGAAUCCGCCUAUUACUGCGUAUGAUGGAUACAAAAAAGGCAGAUAUGAUAUUGGCUGCUCUAAGAACAUUGGUUGGACUGUGCACUGGUCACCAGUCACGUGCUAUGGCAAUACUCAGUGCUGUGGGCAUAGAGAAGUUAUGUGCAGUGAUGUCUAUGGAUGAUGAGCAGAUCUCUGUUGCAGCAUGCAGUGUCCUACAAGCUAUGUUUGAUUCUCUAAAGGAAGGCACGAAAAAGGAUUUUCGAGGGAAAGAAGCUGCUAUUGUAUUGGAUCCUUCCCGGGAGCUAAGGUCCGUGAUUCACAACCUUCUGGAGAUGCUGACACGACCCAGUGUUUCAGCGCAUGGUAGGGAGAGUGCCCUAAACCUUUUGAUGAAAGUGGUGCCUCGAAAGUCAUUUCGGGAUCCUGACAAUGGAAUGACACUAUGGGUUAUUGACACUGGCUUAAAGAAAAUUCUUGAAGUGGGAGGAAGUAUUUUGGAAGUUCCUGGAAGUCUUUCUGUCACAGAGUCUACCAGGAUGAGUGCUUCGGUGCUCCUUAACAAGCUCUUUGAUGACCUUAAAUGUGAAGCAGAAAGGGAAAAUUUUCACAAGCUUUGUGAGGAUCACGUACGGAGUUUGUUUGAAGGCCAUGGUAUGGAUGGAAAACUACGCUCCAUGCAGACUGUGUCCUGCCUUUUGCAGGGACCUUCUGAGGCUGGUAAUCGAACUCUGGAGCUUACAGGUAUCAUGGAGAGUAUCAUAUCUCUCUGUGCUUCUGAACGGGAGAUUGACCAGCAGGUAGCAGUAGAAGCAUUGAUUCAUGCUGCUGGAAAAGCUAAGCGAGCCUCCUUCAUUACUGCUAAUGGAGUUGCGCUUCUAAAGGAUAUUUACAAAAAGAAUGAAAAUGAUGCCAUUCGUAUUCGAGCUUUGGUGGGUCUCUGCAAAUUGGGAUCAGCAGGAGGAACUGACUUCAGCAUGAAACAGUUUGCUGAGGGAUCCACAAUCAAGCUAGCCAAGCAGUGCCGCAAGUGGUUAUGUAAUGAGACAAUCCAGGCAAGCACUCGUCGUUGGGCCGUGGAAGGCUUGGCGUACCUGACAUUUGAUGCGGAUGUUAAGGAAGAGUUUGUAGAAGAUAAGGCUGCGUUGCAAGCAAUGUUCACACUAGCCAAGUCACAGGAUAAGACGGUGUUGUUUGCUGUUGCAUCCACCCUGGUAAACUGCACAAACAGUUAUGAUCGUGAAGAAAUAGACCCACAGAUGCUGGAACUGGCAAAAUAUGCAAAGCAGCAUGUACCAGAGGAACACCCAAAGGAUAAAAAGGAAUUUGUUGAAACCCGUGUGCGGAAGCUGCUGGCAGCAGGUGUGGUAUCAGCAUUGGUCUGCAUGGUAAAAAGUGAAAGCCCGGCACUGACAGAUUCUUCUAGGGAACUAAUAUCCAGGGUUUUCUUGGCUUUAGUGGACAAAGCUGAAGACAGGGGAAAUGUUGUUGCUCAGGGGGGUGGAAAGGCUCUCAUACCACUGGCAUUGGAAGGAACAGAUAUUGGAAAAACAAAAGCAGCCCAAGCACUGGCCAAGAUAUCCAUCACCUCAAACCCUGAGAUUGCCUUCCCUGGAGAAAGAAUCUAUGAGGUGGUCAGGCCCCUCGUCAGCCUUCUUCACCUUAAUCGAACAGGCCUUCAGAACUUUGAAGCAUUGAUGGCACUAACAAAUUUGGCAGGGAUUAGCGAAAGAUUAAGGUCUAAGAUUAUCAAUGAGAAGGCAGUGCCCAUGAUCGAGGGUUACAUGUUUGAAGAGCAUGAGAUGAUUCGUGUCUCGGCUACAGAGUGCAUGUGCAACAUGGCCAUGAGUAAAGAAGUACAGGACAUGUUUUUGGUAGAAGGGUCAGACCGCUUCAAGCUAAUGGUUUUAUACUGCGGCGAAGAUGAUGAAAGGUUACGCCGUGCAGCUUCUGGAACCCUUGCCAUGUUGACUUCUUUGCAGCCUAAACUUUGCACUAGGAUUACACAAGUGACAGUACACUGGUUAGAGAUCCUGCAAGCUUUGCUUCUUAGUGACAACAUUGAUCUCCAGCAUCGAGGUGGCGUCAUUGUCCUCAACAUGAUGACGGCAGACAAGGAGGUGGCAGAAAAGCUGAUGGAGAGUGAGAUGUUGGAGAUCCUAUCUGUGCUUGCCAAGAAUGAGGAGGAAGAGAAGAAACGUUCCGUGGCCAGAGUUGCCAAGGAAUGUUUAGCUAAGGCUGUUGAGAUAGGGCUAAUCAAACCCACUGAGUCUGCAGAACGAGAGGGACCAUGAUAAAGGCUUCAAAAGAUUCCAAAGAACCAAGAACUGAAAAUAUCAACAAUGAUAGUAUGUUUCUUUUGAAAAACAUUGUACAGCACCCAGUCCAGCAGUGAAUGUCAUGCUGCUGUGUUUUCUAGAAUUUUUAGAUCAAUUAUUCUCAUGAAAUGCUUGAAUUCUUAUUUUG